AUGUCAUCGUAUCAGAAGGAACUGGAGAAAUACAGAGACAUAGAUGAAGAUGAGAUCCUAAGGACCUUGAGCCCUGAGGAGCUAGAGCAGCUGGACUGCGAGCUACAGGAGAUGGACCCCGAGAACAUGCUCCUACCAGCUGGACUAAGACAACGUGACCAGACAAAGAAGAGCCCGACGGGGCCACUGGACCGGGAUGCCCUUCUGCAGUAUCUGGAACAGCAGGCACUAGAGGUCAAAGAACGUGAUGACUUGGUGCCCUUCACAGGCGAGAAGAAGGGGAAACCCUAUAUUCAGCCCAAGAGGGAGAUUCCUGUCCAGGAGCAGAUCACUCUGGAGCCUGAACUGGAAGAGGCCCUGGCCCAUGCCACCGAUGCCGAAAUGUGUGAUAUUGCAGCAAUUCUGGGCAUGUACACACUGAUGAGCAACAAGCAAUACUACGACGCCAUCUGCAGCGGAGAAAUCUGCAACACCGAAGGCAUUAGCAGUGUGGUGCAGCCGGACAAGUACAAGCCAGUGCCAGAUGAGCCCCCAAAUCCCACAAACAUCGAGGAGAUACUAAAGAGCGUGCGAAACAAUGACAAGGAGCUGGAGGAGGUGAACCUCAAUAACAUACAGGACAUCCCGAUACCCAUGCUAACCGAGUUGUGUGAGGCAAUGAAGACAAAUACCUAUGUCCGGAGCCUCAGUCUGGUGGCCACAAGGAGUGGUGACCCCAUUGCCAAUGCGGUGGCCGACAUGUUGCGGGAGAACCGUAGCCUCCAGAGCCUGAACAUCGAAUCCAACUUCAUCAGCAGCACAGGGCUCAUGGCCGUGCUGAAGGCAGUUCGGGAAAAUGCCACACUCACUGAGCUCCGUGUAGACAACCAGCGCCAGUGGCCUGGCGAUGCAGUGGAGAUGGAGAUGGCCACCGUGCUCGAACAGUGUCCCUCCAUCGUCCGCUUUGGCUACCACUUUACACAGCAGGGGCCACGAGCUCGGGCAGCCCAGGCCAUGACCCGGAACAAUGAACUACGUCGCCAGCAAAAAAAGAGAUAACACUACCUUUCCCUUUACCAACCAGAGCUGGAAGCCCCUGAAUGCUAAAAGCCUC